CUUGACAAUAUGUCUGAAAAGAUGGAGGGUGGCACAGACAUACUUUCUCCUGUGCAUACCGCAGAAAGUGUUAUGCUUCCAAUCCCCCGAGAUACUUUUGAGAAGCUCUACCUCACUCCUAAGAUGCCAAUUGCGGGAAACCUGCGGCGCACCUUCGGUAACCCAACCCCGAUAUCGUUGAUGGGCUUUCUAGUAGCCGCGACACCCAAUGCAAUGCUCCAUAUGGGCUGGAGAGGAGCCGGUGGAGAUGGAGGGGCUAUUCUCCCAGCCUUUAUAUUUUUCGGAGGGAUGAUCCAGGUCAUUGGCGCAAUCGGGGAGUGGAUACUCGGAAACACUUUCUCCUGCGCAGUUUUCUUCACCUACGGGGCUUUCUGGCUUGCUCAAGGAGCGUCCCUCAUGCCUUUCUUUGCCGUCGGUGCUAAAUACUCUCCUACGGGUGACGCCUUUGAUGGAUUGGAAACAACUGGGUACCAUGCAACAGCAGGCCUAUAUUACAUUACCUUGGCCUUGGUCACCUUGGUCUAUUUGGUAUGCUCAAUUCGCACCAAUCUCUGCCUUUUUCUUGCUUUGUUUUUCCUGGUGGUGGCAUAUUGCCUCUAUGGAGCCGUCCACUUCUACCUUGCGAUGGGAAAAGCUGCUUUUGCAGCCAAGAUCGAAAUGGUACGCUGCUGGGGCAUGCAAUUUCGUGCUUUGCAUUCCGAUAUGGUAUAUAUUUGUAGCACAAAUGCUGGAGCGAUUGACUUCCCCCUGGUUCUACCUGUUGGGGAUUUGAGUGAGGUGAUUCAAGGACGAACUCAAAGGGCAAGAAAGAGUGCCGCAGAUGAGGCUUAA